AUGAGCGAUCAACCUCCAGUCGCUAUUUUCAAGCUGGUUCUGGUUGGUGAUGGUGGCACCGGGAAAACAACGUUCGUAAAACGUCACAUCACAGGUGAAUUUGAGAAGAAAUACGUCGCCACACUGGGUGUUGAGGUUCAUCCGUUGGAUUUCCACACUACUCGUGGAAAGAUACGGUUUAACGUUUGGGACACUGCUGGACAGGAGAAGUUUGGUGGCUUGCGUGACGGAUACUAUAUACAAGGGCAAUGCGCGAUCAUCAUGUUCGAUGUAACCAGUCGAGUGACAUACAAAAAUGUUCCGAACUGGCACAGAGAUCUUGUUCGUGUAUGCGAAAAUAUCCCCAUCGUGCUUUGUGGCAACAAGGUAGAUAUUCAGGAUCGAAAAGUAAAGGCCAAGUCGAUAACUUUCCACCGAAAGAAAAAUCUCCAAUACUACGACAUAUCAGCCAAGUCGAAUUAUAACUUCGAAAAGCCGUUCCUAUGGCUCGCCAGAAAGCUUGUUGGAGAUCCUAACUUGGAGUUUGUAGAGAUGCCCGCCAUGCAGCCCCCUGAACUCACGAUGGACGCCAAUCUGGCGAAUUCGUCGCGUAACUUACAGAUGGCCGCUGAGGCCCCAUUGCCGGAUGAAAAUGAAGAUGAUUUCUGA